UAACUUGAAUUGUGCUUCCAGAGUGGCCAUGAUGGUUAGGCUACUUUAUUUCGUUACAACUGUUCUGUUGUAUUUAAACUUAGUAGAGUCAUGCUUGAUGAAAUAUGACUUACCCAAACCAACCGACGACGAUGCUAAGGUUUACAAGUCGCAGUUGGGACAAGUAUUGGCAGCUCAAUUAAACACGAAUGUUGGUGCGGUACAGAAUGAUUAUUUGAAUUAUGGUUGCUAUUGUGGACUGGGUGGACAAGGGGUUGCCCUGGACGAAAGUGACAGAUGUUGUCAGUUGCACGACCAGUGCUAUGGAAAGUUCAUGCAAACUUAUACAUCCGGUGUAUAUACCGACACUUAUAAGUAUAAAUUUCAUAAACAAAAUCCCGAUGCAACCAAAAUAGAAUGCUAUGACGACGUGGGAUUAGAACAAGCAAAAUGUUUGUGCGAUAAGAAUCUGGCAGUUUGUCUACAAAAAGCAAGGCCUUCUUACACAGAGUCAAAUCGUGGUAUUCGAAAUUCCGAUCCAACCCGAUGUGACCCAAUCCAGUAGAACUGUUCAUGGCACUGGGCUAAAUUUAUAGUAAUUUUACAUAAUUUUUUUCACAUUUUGUAGGUAUAAGGGGUAAGGUGGAUACCGUUAGCACAUUUCCUAUAUUUCCUAAUCGUGUUUUAACAAUACACAACGCAUUUUUACUUUUGGACUCGCAGUGAUACCGUUAAUUAAUAUGCUGUAUAGUGUGGUGAGGUUAGCUGGGACACCUUUAGCACAUAAUAUCUAAAUAUCCUGAUCGUGAUUUAAACAAUUACUAACAGUCAAUGGAAGUCGUGGGCAUAUAGUUUUAUAGUUUCUUGAAUGAGUUUUGUUUACUACUAAAUGGGGCGAGAAAAUAGAGGUAAAAGAUGUCCCGUCUUCCCCCACCCUACUGUAUAUAUUCUUUAUUACUACCAAAAUGGACGGUAUAAGGCUAUAAACAUAAACCAUCUCACCCCACUUUAUAUAGCCUACUAUACAAAAACAACUGCUAUGACAAAUGAUUAAUUUAUCAUCAACGCAAAUCAUAUGUAGUAGAUGUAGCUAAGUGUUUUGUAUUUAAUCCCUAAUUUCUAUAAGCCCAAGGUCACAUAUAAUAGUAUUGUAUUAUUAUCCUUAUGUAUAUAAUAUGCGUUGUGAUGGUAUGCGGAGCACACACUAGCUAUUGCACUUAAGAGUAAAUGUGCGUUUUUACUUCAAUAAAAAGACGGUACAAUCGUG